CACGCAGCAAACAUCAUCCGAACAUGUUCAGUUGUUCGUGCAGAGUGAGUGCUGCCAUGCUCACAGAGGAGCAGAGCAGCCUCACAAUCACCAGAAAGCAGGAAUUUCCGAAGAUGUGGAGUCACAGAGGGGAGCAGCACUUUUGGCACGAUGAUUACGGUAAACAUAUUUAGCGGUCUCUCAGGUGCCACGCCUUAAAAGUCCACAAAAGGGUGUAGUUUUUGGUUUUCAGACGUGUUAUCCUCAUCAUCUUGCUCCUAUCAGCAGCAGUGAAACAUGGUGUUGGUGAUGACAGAGGACAGAGCACCUUGUGCCCAGGAAAAAAAAGGGAGUGGUCACAAGUUUUUCUUGUGACACACUGAGCAGAAGCGCUGAGUAGGUGUAUCACCUUCAUACCACGUGCAUCGAUAUGAGCUGUUCAAACUAAUGGGCUGUGAUAACACUCAAUGCACAAUGAAGAAACAAUUCUACCUCUUCUGCUUUUGUGUUUUAUUGCUGUGUCUCUUCAAUGUGUGGCAGAAAACCUCUCCAUCGCCCAUCCCUGACAUCAGCCAAAGGAACAACGGCAGUGGAAAUGUCACCAUCCUGCUGUGGCACUGGCCCUUCGGCAGGCCGCUCAGCCUGAGAGGUGACGUGUGCUGGGAUCGCUACCGCAUCCCUCACUGUAAACUGGUGGACCAGCGCUCCUUGUUCCCUUUAGCUGACAUAGUGGUGUUUCACAACACAGAGCUGGCGCAUGGCUCCCAGGAGCUUCCCCUCGAACUCCCUCGGCCAAAGGGCCAGAGGUGGGCGUGGAUGUCCCUAGAGGCUCCUGCUAAUAAUGGAAACUUGAAGAAGUAUGCGAAUAUCUUCAACAUGACCAUAUCCUACAGGAGGGACGCUGAUGUGUCUGUGCCGUAUGGCGAGCUACUACUGGAGAAGACCGAAGGUUAUGUUGUGGAAGACAACUCUGUGAAUAAGAGCUCUCUGGUGUGCUGGGUGGUCAGUAACUACGGGACGCAGCAAAAAAGAAGCCAAGUGUACCAAGAGCUGAGUGCCACAGUUCCUGUGAAGGUUUACGGGAAUUGGAAAAAUGCCCAUCUCCCUUCUAGAGACCUCUUGCCUGUAAUCUCUCGCUGCUACUUUUAUUUAGCUUUUGAGAACUCAGUCGCCAAAGAUUAUAUCACAGAGAAGCUGUGGAGAAAUUCUUACCAGGGAGGAGCCCUGCCGGUUGUCCUGGGACCGGAGACGAGCGAUUACGAAGCUGUGGCUCCGCCUCAUUCCUUCAUCCACGUUGACGAGUUUGCAUCGGUUAAAGAACUUGGAGCGUUUCUGCAGCAGCUUGCAAAGGACAAGAAACACUACAACGAAUAUUUUGCCUGGAAACGGCAGUGGAAAGUGAAACUGUACAAGGACUGGAGGGAGAGAUUGUGUAAGAUUUGCUUGCAAUACAAGAGCUUACCUCAACAGAAAGUUUACUCAGACCUUGAGGCCUGGGCCUAUCUGAAAAGCACUUAACAGCGCUGGUAAAAUAAAUGGCUCAUAGGAUCAAAAGAAGAUAAGAAAGAUACUUUAAAGUCUCCAGUAUUACAUUCAAUAUCCUAGUACUUUGUGAAAAACAUAUUUGCACAUUGCCUCAUUGAUACCGCUCUUAUGUCUGCUAGCCGCAUGCUAGCUUAGCGCAAUGUCUGGAAACGAGGACGCUGCUAUAGCCUUGGUCAGUGGAAGAGGUGGAUUUUGUUCCCUUUGGACAAGACACCGCUUACCAAUUGUCCUUUGUUUUAUUAAAGUACAUGCAUUGAUUUACAUUAAAAGCUUUGUCCAAAAGUAUUAUGAUUGGCAGAAAAAUACUUGACAGGGGAUGGGAGUCGGAGGGAGUACGCUCUUUGCAAGAGUGGGUUGUGGAGAUGGCACAAGUUGCAGUGUUC